AUGGAGGAACCAGAACGCCUCCCUCAAAUGCUCAUGCCAUGCAGUAGUGGACGAAGAGUAAGCAGCGAUUCAAAUUCACCCGAAUUUGAGUUCUGGAUGAUCCGGAACCCAUCUUUCCCUCAGCUUAAUCUGCACACCGCCGAUGAGCUUUUCUCCGAUGGUGUACUCCUUCCUCUCCAGCUCCUCCAGCCACAGCUCUCCUUCAAAAAAUCUGACCCUCAGUCUUCGCCUCCGCCACCGCAAGAGCCCGAACCAUCCGGGUUGGAUCAAGUACAGGAGACCCAACUCGCGAGUACUGCUGAAUUAAUUGAUUUGUCAUCUACCUCCGCAUUUACUUCCUCGAAGCGGUGGAAGGAUAUAUUCAAGAAAAGUGAUAAGAAAAAUGCAGUCACUGUUAUUAAUGGUAAUUCAGAUUGUAACAGUAAAGAGAAGAAGAGAGAGAAGAAGAGUGUUGGUGGUGGUGGAGUGAAUGCGGCGGAAUUGAACAUAAAUAUAUGGCCAUUCUUAAGGAGUAGAUCCGCGGGAAACGGCGGAAGUAGGCCUCGGACGAGGGCUGGAUCGGCAGCAUCGACGCGGAAGGUAAGUAGUGCACCGUGCUCGAGGAGUAACUCUGCGGGUGAGUCCAAGUCCAGGAAGUGGCCGAGCAGUCCUAACCGAGGUGUGGUCCGCUUAGGAAGGAGCAGCCCUGUCUGGCAGGUCCGCCGUUGCGGCGGUGGAGCUUCGGUUGGACGGAGCUCUGAGGCUGUGGUGAAGACAUGUACUGAAAAGGGUUUCAAAAAAGGCUUGAACGAAGGUCGUCGGAAAAACUCCACAUCCACUUCCGCCGGCGGUGAUGUUGGUAGGGCCAAAGGAAGGGUAUUGAAUCUUAAUGUUCCUAUGUGUAUAGGUUACCGGCAUAAUUUGGGGUGUAGAAGUGAUGAAAAUAGUACAAUUGGUGCUUCUGCCGCCGCCGUGGUCGGUGGUGGUGAAACUGACGGAGGUGUUUCCGGUGAAGGGGUACGUGCCAGCAAUUUAUUUAAUAUCCGAAGCCUCUUUACCAAGAAAGUCUAUUAA